AAGAAACAGAAAAGAAAAUUGAAGAAAAAGAAGAGGAGGGACAAAAAGAAGAAGAAGAAAAAGAACAAGAGGGAGGAGGUGUGUCGUAAAAUACAGGGGGUGACAGAAACAAAGAAUUUUUUUAUUCGCUUGGACACGGCAUCAUGGUCAAAACUUUCCAAGCGUAUCUGCCCUCCUGUCAUCGCACUUACUCGUGCAUUCACUGCCGUGCUCACCUCGCCAAUCACGACGAACUCAUCUCUAAGGUGAGCUCUCUCUAUCAGUCCUUCCAAGGCAGUCAAGGCCGUGCCUAUCUCUUCAAUUCUGUGGUAAACGUGGGUUGUGGUCCUGCCGAGGAACGCGUACUCUUAACCGGCCUUCACGCGGUCGCCGAUAUUUACUGCGAGUGCUGCAAGACUACUCUCGGCUGGAAAUACGAGCAUGCCUUUGAGUCAAGUCAAAAGUACAAGGAGGGCAAGUUCAUAAUCGAGCUCGCCCACAUGAUCAAGGAGAAUGGAUGGGAAUGAAACCUUCUUAGGGGAAAUUUCGAUUAAUAUUCCCCCUGAUCUUGAAUCGUUCGCGUCGAACUUCGUUCAUUGAUGAUGAUGAUGAUGAUGAUGAUGAUGAUGAUGUUGAUGAUGCCUCCUACUACGACGACGAAGAUGACGAUUAUAACGACGACGAAGACGACGAUUACGACGAUGACGACAAAGAGGAAAACGUCUUCGUUCUAAUAUCGUAAAGUGCGGCUCAUCUUCAACCAUCCAUCCCCUUUUCCCUUCCUCUCCUUACUCCCUUUUACCCUCAUUAUUCCUCCAUCCCUCGCCAUUUUCCCAAGUUCAAGCGAACCCAACAACCCCUCUUCACUCUGUCGAACCACCAACGAAAGUCUGUGAUUUCAUUUGUGAUUUCUAAUCUUAGUAACGUUUAUGUUUCGGACAAUUCGACGGCUUCGAAUACGACGAGGACGAGGACGAGGACAAGGACGAGGACGAGGACGAGGACGAGAACGACAAGGACGCAACCGAUUUUUGUUUUUUCCGAUCGACUCGAACGACGAGCGAUGACAUCGGUGAAUGAUCCGCACUGCGUAUGCGGAUCGAUCUCCGAUAUAUAUUAAUUGUGUAAAGAAAUUUUAUUUUUCAAAAGGACGCGCGCGCACGCUCAUUCUACGCGCUCGCGCGAUAUACAUACAUACAUACAUACAUACAUACAUAUAUAUAUAUAUAAAUAUAUAUAUAUAUAUAGAUUAUUAAAUAAAACGACGAUAUGACAUCGCGCGAUUAUGGUGAAUAUGAUGACGACGAUGGUGCCAUGGUGGAAACAACAACAACAGUAAUAAUAAUUAUAAUAAUUAUAAUAAUAAAGGGACCGGAUAGCUCUGUUCGACUUCUGGGGUGCCCCUCCCCUCCCUCAUAUUUUCACUCACAUUAUUCUGUCGUUCGAUCCAACGACAACGACGACGACAACCGACAACAAGCAAGCAAACAAGCAAGCAAGCAAGCGUCGUGUCCGUAUAGAUAUAAUAUGUUAAGAAAUAAACGCGUGUGUGUGUGUGGGGCACCCCGAGGAGAAUAUCAGCUUUUAGAAAUCCGUUAUCCGCACUCGAAGUCAAUGCUUUUAAGUGCUGCAACGGAUAUGAUUAAAAAAGAAGAAACGACAAAAGAGAAAAAAUAAGCAAGAACAAAAGGAAAAGAAAAAGGGGAGGAAAAGUAAAGUAAUAAUAGAUAAAGAUAACACAUAACAACAACAACAACAACAACACACACGUCGCUGGACUGACCGCCUGCCUGCCGCGUCUAUCAUUGGAAUUUCACUGCCGAUAUUCCUAACUAUUAAUUAAGAAGAAUUAUUGCGUUGUGCAUAGACGACGCGAAAAAAAUGGUAGUCUCUUAGUGUAGCUUACGUUUAAUAGUAUAUUAACUAAAAAAGAAAAAAGCCUAUAUUACAACAUUAUAGGACACCUCUCGUGGAUGAUAGAAUAUAAGUAAUUAAGUAAAAGUAAUGAAGGGAUGAGUGAGAAAGAAAUUGCAUGAAAAGAGAGAGAGAGAGAGAGAGAGAGAGAGAGAGAGAGAGAGAGAGAGAGAGAGAGAGAGAGAGAAAGGGAGAUAGAUAGAGAUAGAGAUAUAUGGAGAGAAGAAAAAGGUCUGGUUAUGUGUUGCGUGUACAUGUUUGAUUUUAUGUUCACCAUGCCUGCCAAACUGUCUAUUUGUCUACCAGUAGCUACUACUGUUGCUAGGAAUAUUAUAGCGUAUAUAACAUGUUCACGUUUAUGUUAAUUUUGUUUUCUUUCAUCGGCUCUUGCAGGGUGUGGUGCGACUGAAUCUUUUAUUGUAAUACCACUGGACUGCGCCUUCCUAUGCACGCACUAUAAUAAUACGUUAAAAAAAAAAUUAUGGAACAAGACAAUUGCUCAUUACUUUUAACGUCGAUCUCAAUUGUAAAUAUUAAAUAAGAUUCUGUAAUAUCAUGAGUGAUUUUACGAAAGCAGCAUUUUCGUUCUGCUCAAAAGUAAAAAGAAAAAGAUAUACAUAUGUGUGUAUAUAUAUAUAUAUGUACAUAUAUAUGUAUACGUAUAUGUACGGUAAUUGAUCGUGUGAGAGACGAUAAAUUUUCUUUAUUAUCGUAAUAACAUCAUGGCUGGACGUGUAAAAAAAAAAAAAAAAAAAAGAAAAAAAGAAUAAUAAUGACACAGUGACAUUUCUAACGUAAUUUUCGUUUUCUUUUAACGCUAAUCGCAUCGCGAAUUGUUUGUUAAUGAGAAUAAAAUAUAAUACGUUCUCAAUAUAAUUUAUAAUCUCUUCUUCUUUUUUUUUUCUUUUCUUUCUUAUUUCUUUUUCUUUUUUUUUCACUUUGUUUUGUACGUAGCUUCCAGUAAUGGUUAUCUCGUUUCGUCGAACAAUAAUAUGAUACAAAUAUUCUCUACAGAUGUAACUAUCAGAAUUAUUUUGCGAGAUAUUCAUCGUAUAUACAUACGUCGUUGAGAAAAACAAUAAAAAAGAAAAAAAAAAGACACAAAAAAAAAAAGAGAAAGAAAAAAAAAACAACAAAGUAUUUUCUUCGCUCGUAACAUACAACAGAGAAAAAAAGAUUAUAUGAAAUUCGUACCUAUGCACAUUCUCUCUUCAUAGGAUCGACAAAAGUUGUGUAGUAAAAGAUUAAUGUUUAUCGAUGCUGAUCAACGUGCAUGCGUUCUUAGAAAUCAUGACACCGUUAGAUAUAUGCAUUUACGCGGGAUAAAAACGCGACACCGGCCAAAUUCUUCUAAUCGUCAAGAAAAUCGUGGACCUGAAGGUAGCAAUGUUAUAAUGGAAAAUAUAAGACGUAUUUAAUUUGUAUUUUUAGCAAAGGAAAAAAAAAAAAAUAUGUACCAAUCAAAAAAAAAAAAAAAAAAGAAAAAACGAAAAAAAAGGGAGGAAAAAAAGAACAAAAAAAAAAAAGAAGACGAAAAAAAACUUGUCGAGAUGCGAAAAGAAAUUGUACAGAAUUUGUCACGUCGUUUAUCGUGGUAUUUUUUUUAUAAGUAUACAUCGAGAAAUACAAAAUAUCGGGCAUGUUAAAGCAAACUUGCAAGAAAAAGAAAUACAAAACCUAAAGCUUCUUCUGAAAGGGGUUCUGUUAAAUGCAUACAUAUGAAAGUGGCAGUAUAUUCUGUGUGUAUGUUGUGAAACAACAAUAGAAAAGAAAAAUGCAAAAAAAAAAAAAAAGAAAGAAGAAGAAGAAGAAGAAGAAAAGAAGAGAAAAAAAGAAGAAAUAAGAAAAUGGUUGAAUGAAUGUGCCGGCCUAAAUCCUCACGCUAUCUUUUAAAGAGUACUUUUUAUAUCAACGUGCCGAUGUCCUUAUAUCUGCACUCCUCCGAAAAUCCUUGUUAAAUUGUACCCAGCGACACUAACUCUUGUAGUUCUUCAGCCUCCACCCAACAUUCACCACUACCACCAUCACACGAUUUUGCUUUGUAAAACAUGUUCGUAAUAAAAAAAAAAUGGAAAAAAAAUUAAUAAAAAAUAAAAAAAAUCAAAAAGAAA